AUGGCGUUCUACGAAGCAGCAACACAAUGGCAUACAGGAGAGGAGGAAAUGCACAAACUUCUGCGGGUCCCACAGAUGGAUAAUCCUACCCAGCCAUACCUCACCCCCCAUGCUACGAAUAUUCUGAUGCGGUCACCAAUCAUGGCUCUAGGUACGCUGGAUUCUGAAGGGAGACCUUGGACGACACUCUGGGGUGGAGAAUCAGGGUUCUCUCAACCAGUCGCACAGUCUAUUAUUGGCUUGAAGACUACAGUCAAUCGAGAAUUGGAUCCGGUUGUGAGGAUGUUAUUGGGAGAUGUUGCUGAUGGGGAAGUAUAUCAAGAGAAGGGCGUUGGAAAGAUGGUGAGCGCCUUGGCUAUCGACCUUGAAAGCAGACGAAGAGUCAAGCUCUAUGGUAGAAUGGUCGCAGGAGCUCUCGCAGCUACAGAAGAGGGGCUCGGUGAGGUACAGAUGGUUAUCAAGAUUGAGCAGAGUCUGGGAAAUUGUCCCAAAUAUCUGAACAAGAAACACAUUGUCCCUCACUUGCCGAAUCCAAAACUUGUUGCCAGCAACCUCCCAUUACCCCAAUCUGCGAUUAAACUCAUCGAAAAGGCCGACUUGUUCUUCCUAAGCUCGUCCAACCACAAAUCGGAUAUGGACACAAACCACCGCGGCGGCCCUCCAGGGUUUGUCAGGAUACUUUCGAACAAUGAGGACGGGUUGACACUUGUCUACCCUGAAUACUCUGGAAAUCGACUGUAUCAAACGCUCGGGAACCUCAAUACAACCCCGCAAGCAGGGCUAGUCUUCCCUGACUUCACCACAGGCGACGUCCUAUAUAUCACUGGAAAGACAGAAAUUUUGGCUGGCAGAGCUGCUACAGACUUGAUCGCCCACACUAAUCUUGCUGUGAAGAUCAAAGUUGAAGCAGCAAGAUUCGUGUCCGAUGCUUUAGCAUUCCGGGGUGUCGAGGGCGAAUUUUCUCCCUAUAAUCCUCCAGUAAGGUUUCUUUCAAGUGAAAAUCGACAUGGCCUUGCCGGUGACAACAAGCAAAUAUUUGCUAAGCUUGUGAGCAAAGAAAUAAUCACUCCGACGGUUGGAAGAUUUCGGUUCCACAUUGCAGACCCAGCAAAAGCAACUCGGUGGAAGCCCGGUCAGUAUGUCGCAUUGAGCUUCGCGGAUGAGCUUGAUAUUGGGUACAGUCAUAUGAGAGACGAUGAUCCAAAGACUCUAAAUGAUGAUUUCCUUCGUACGUUUACUGUUUCUUCCCGACAAGAGGAUUUGGCUGGUUAUGACCAAUUUGAAAUUACUAUCCGCAAAGUCGGACCAGUGACGAACCUUUUGUUCAGGCACAACGUUCGAUCAGAACUAGAAAUACCCCUGCAGGGCUUUGGGGGAGAGUUCUUCAUCAAGCAAGAUAACGAGAAGAUUAGCUUCAUUGCAGGUGGGGUCGGCAUCACGCCUCUGCUCGCUCAAGCUCAAGAUCUUGACUUGUCCCGACUGCAAUUCUUUUGGACCAUGAAAGGUGAAGAUAUCGCUUUUGCCAACGAUACCUUUGAGCAUAUUCCAGGUUUGGCCAAGUCAACAAAGUUGUUUGUUACUGGCAAGAUCAAUGAGGAAUCUGAGGCAUGGAAGAAACUCUCGACAUCGGGCGUACUUGCGGAGAGCAGGAGGAUGGAGCGAGCUGACGUUUCCGACGACUCUAUAAGCAGGUGGUAUCUUUGCACCAGCCCACCCCUUCGCAGUACCUUGCUGGAAUGGCUAGCUGGUAAGGCUGUACAUUAUGAGGACUUCAACUAUUAA